AUGGAGGGUCGCUUCUUCAUCAAUCCGGGUAGUGCGACUGGUGCCAUGACCUCUGGUUACACCCCAGAAACUGAGGAGCCUACGCCCAGCUUCUGCUUGAUGGACAUCCAAGGCGAUGUUCUCGUGUUGUAUGUCUACCAGCUGAAGACGGACGCCAAUGGAGUUGAGAAUGUGUCGGUCGAGAAGGUUUCAUACCGCAAGAACCACGCUCCUGCUCCUGCUCCCGCUCCCGCUGCUGCCGGUGUGCCUGCACCUGCCUCUUGA